GGAACGUGUUGAGUAGGUCUGUAGAAGUUGUGAUUAAAAUUCGAAAAAGGUGAAUACAAUUUCUCAAUUUAGCUAAGCAAUGCUGCAAAUUGCUAGUAUACCACCACCAAACUUGCACGCGAAACGUAUUGAUGCUAUCAUUCCACUGUGGAAACUAAAGGAAGGAAAGAAGAAGUAGAUAUGUUUUAUAUAUUAAUUAUACUAUUCGCAUUGACUAUGUUUGAGUUUACUAUACUUUUUGCAUACAAAUAGAUAUUAAAUUAUUAUUAAUGGCUAAAUAAUUAAGAAAAUAAAAGUAAUAAUUUGUUUUAAAUUUGAUAUUGGUAAAAUGGCUUGUUGUUUGUGUUUAAAUGCGCUGAGCGGAGCAGAAAGUUAUAAUCUAAAUGAACAUAUAACGGUGGAUGAUCAGUCAAAUCAACUGCUGGAAAUUAUAGAAAAAUAUUUGCAAGUAGAGCUGACUUCCAAUGAUGCUCCAUCAAUAUGCGCUUUGUGUUACACACAUUUGAAUGACUUCCAUAAGUUUGCAUUACUAAUUCAGCAAAAGCAGAAAUCUUUAAAUUGUGGUAUACCCACUAUUAAAAUAGAGAAUUCAGAUGGAGAAGAUACUAGUACAUUUAUAAGAGACAUUGAUGUUAUUGUAGAAUUUAAAGCAGAGGAAGGAUCAGAGUCGCCAAAUCCGGAUCCAGAGAGUUUACUUGUACAAAGCGAAUCAAUGGCCAAUAUCUUUGGCGAUAGCAGCAAUACAUUGCCGAAAUUUGAGCAAGUAUCAUGGUUUGAAAGUCACGAUAGCUUCAAAGCGUUGACACCAACGAAACAUGUGCGAAAAACCCCUUAUAAAACUCAUACACCUGAAGACAGGGCAAGAAUCGUUGCAGCUGCUAACAGAGGAGAUGAUUGGUCUGCGUUGGCCACAGCUUUGGGUGUUAAAUAUAAAACAGCUUAUACAUGGGUAUCCACCAGUCGUAAGGAAAUGUUUUUAAAAAAUGGCAAAAAGACAAGAGCAUUCACUGAAGCAGAAAUGAGUUCCAUAAUCAAAUGGAUUGAGGAAAAUCGUCAAACAACCUUAAAGGAUUUGGUCGCGAAAGUGAAAAUCCAUAUGAAACGCGACGUAUGCGUUUAUCUUAUCGAAGGUAGUCUCGAAGGAAGACUAUACAGGCUAAAAGACCCAAACUAUAAUCCAAUGAUAAUUAAUACUUUAGAAAACAAAAGGAAACGGGCCGAAUUUGUAAACAGUUUAAAUUAUUACAUGAAUUCUGAUAAAACUCUUAUUUGGGUUGGCGAAACCAAUUAUAAAAUGUUUUGCCGUCGGGCGAAAGGUCGUUUCAAUACAAAUUCUAUAGUGACUGCAUAUGAUCCCAGUAUACACUUGAUUGGAGCCAUUACAACAACUGGUGUCUUAUCCAUACAGCGUAGUCGAGACCAGCCCAAUCCAGAUACUGUCCUUAGAAAAUGGCAGACAAUAUGUAAUGAUCCCUCACAAUUGGUCAUAAUAUGUGAUACCGAGCUAUGCUUUUCCGCCUUGGACGAGAAAUUUACAGAUUCCAAUGCUACAUUACUAUUAUUGAGUCCAUAUUCCCCCAUGCUAAAUCCAAUGGAUAUGAUAUGGUCUAAAAUCAAAUUAAAUCUCAAAACACCAAUAUUAAAACCUACUGAUUCAUUUGCCGAUUUAAAGGAGCAACGGUUAAAUGAUUUAGAAAAUAAUAUAGACCAUGCAAUUACAUCUAUAAAUGCGGAAGAUUGUGUUAAAGCCAUUAGGAAUACCACAAGAUAUCAUAAAGAUGUUUUAACAAUGAGGGAUAUGCAAUAUAGUAUAUUGACGCAUGUAGCGGUCGAUGAUGGUUUCAGAUUGUACGAUGUGCUGGACAGCAAGACCGAAGCUUCGGAAAUGGUUAAACUUAUAGAGAAGUACUUGCACAUUGACGUGCAGAGGAGUGACGCAAUAUCCACGCUCAUAUGCCAACGGUGCUACGAUAAAUUGGAAGAAUUUAAUUCCUUUGCUCAGCACGUGGCGGAAAAGCAGAACAUUCUGUGUAAUGAUUACUUUCGAAUCAUUCAAAAGGAGGAAAUCGAUAAUAAGACUAAUUUUAACGAAUUUCCAUCUAUUCCUUUGGGAAAAUUGAGAAUUGAGUCUCUGGUAAUUGAAGAAGUUCGACUUAAUAAUACUAAUGGCGAGACAUUCUCUACAAAACCAAUGAACUCUGUCGAAGAGAAUAUCAGAUGCAAUGAUCAAUUAGAGGAGUCCUUAUCAGAUGAUAUACCAUUAUUAACUCUAAAAUAUCGAAUGAAGGCAAUCAGCAAAAAAGGUAAAAGCUUAUCUAGAGGAAAAAGUGGGCGGCCCAAGAUUCCUAAGCAAAGUGAUGAGCGAGAAAAGAGAAGAGCAAAACGUUAUAAUGUCGAAGUGUCAAUAGCGGCUGCCAUGCAAUUAAUUUGUGAUAUUUGUGAGGCUCAGUUUAAAUCGUGGUCAUUGUUACGUGAUCAUUUUAAAUUAACUCACAACCAAGCACCUUAUGUGAAAUGCUGUGAUUCUACAUUCCAUGCUACCAGUACUUUAGUACAGCAUAUCAAUUGGCACAAGAACCCCAACAUAUAUAGAUGCAACACUUGCGGUAAAAAGAUGCGGUCCCAAAACGGAUUGACACGUCACUUGGGUAUCGCCCACGGGGAAGAUCUUGAUAUGCUGCAACGUUUUAAGUGUAAGAAAUGUUCAAGAGGUUUUCGUAGCCGGAAAUUGUACGAGAAACAUGUAAAAAGUCAUGUACAAGGAAGUGACUUUUCUUGCCAUGUUUGUAAUAAAAAAUAUAAUAACUCAAACAAUCUGAGGCGCCAUAUCGAAUCCAUACAUGAGAACAUUUAUUUUUUUGUUUGUGAUGUCUGCGGGAAGCAAUUCAAAAGUAAGGGUUCUUUCGAACGCCACUGUCGCGAGCAUCAAGGUAUUAUUGAACCGCCACUUCAAUGCCCGUUAUGUUUAGUUUGGCUUAAGAAUCGUCACAGUUUACGUUUACAUGAAUUAAAUCAUAAUAAAAAACCGACGCCAUGUAAUAUAUGCGGUAAGAAUUUCAAAACAAUUAAUUCCCUUCGAAGACACAAAGCCUAUUGGCAUGGAAUGGAAAAAAAUUUACGCUGUACAUUUUGCGAUAAGAUUUUCCGGCAAGAAAGAAACUUAAAAGAACAUAUCGCUAUACACACGGGCGAUCAGUUAUAUGCUUGUCCUCAUUGCCAUAAAGAAUCACGUUCCAAAUCCAACAUGUAUGUGCAUAUUAAACGGCAACAUCCAGCAGAAUGGUUAAAAUCGAAAAUGGACCGUUACAACAUAAAAACGAACCAACAACAAUCCAUCCGCUGAUAGUCCAAGUUAUUUGAGUCGGCAAAGAAUUUGAAACAGUUUUCAACAAUUAUUUAAAGGAAUAGUGGGGAAGUUUAGAUAGCAUACACUGUAUACACGAUCUAAGACUUACUUAAUAAAGAUGUCGAUUUUUUACCAUAAAUAUUUAAAAAGCUACGCACUUCGCUAUUUUAUUAUUUUUAUCCCAUAUUUUAUAUUAUAGCGAAAAAAUUUGUACAAAUAUUUAUAUCUUUCAAAAGCAACAAAAACAAAAGAAAAUAGAAAAGUACUUGCAUGCAGAUCUUUAUCGUUAUUUAAUUUUGUUCCAUCAAAAAAAUUACCUACCAUUUACUUACAUUAUAUUGCAAGAUCGACGACGAUCUAUAUAUUUAAUUUUCAUUUUUUUUUGCUUAGAAAAUGGAAAAAAAAAAAAAAGUUGUAACGAUUAUUAUAGAUGGCCAAAUAAUCUCCGUACUAGACAUAACAGGGUUACUGUUACGUGUCUUAAAGAGUUAUAUGAUGGCAGGCAUCUUUUCCUAAUCUCAUCCGUCAAUUACACUUUGUCGUCAGAAUCAGUGAACGUAAUUUUGCAUUUAAUUACCAUGAAGACAUAUUUUGAAAUUUAAUAGAAAAAUUGGCAAAUUUCUGCAGGCAGGUUGGUACUGGACAUGGGCCAAAUUGGUCAGAGCACACCCGCGCAAAAAAGAGUAAACAGAAACCAACACCAACUUUCGUCUAAGCACAGACUUUAUGAAAGACAGAAAAGCUGAACUUCUCUACAUUUACUUUACGUAAAACUCUACUAUUUAUGUGCAAGAAUGGAAAAAAUAAUUUUUCUUUUAACUUUUUAAAGUAUUAAAUAUUUAAAAUUAUUUUAUAUGUUCGUCGAAACUGCACUAAUUCUGAAAUAAAUAUGGACACCACGACGGGAUGGAUUAAUUUUUUCUUAACAAUAAAUUUAGCGAACUUGGAUGAUAGAAUGCGACAAACUAAAUCUAAGCCAAUUAAUUCUAAAUUAAUUAAGGUGGACGUUUAAUACUUAAAAUCAUGGAGCGCCUGGAAAAAUUCAAUUUCUUGAGCAUUACCAGCGCUCCAAGCUUUUGCUUAUAGUCAUUAUGAAAGUGACCGAAAUAUAUUUAUCGUGACUAAAAUAAAAGCGUAUUUAAAAUUUUUUUUUAUACAAUUUAUUUUACUUGUUAUUCUAAAGCUGCCGUGAAAGCUACCGUUUUACAUUGUAUACCCACUAUCGAGGAAUGGGUGCAUACACAUUUUGUCAUACAAAAGGAAGUCCAGCGACUGUAUAAAGUAUAUAUAUAUAGUCUUGAUCAGCAUGAAAUUCUGAUUCCAUUAAUCCAUGCCUGCCUGUCUGUGAAAGGGACUUUAGGGAAAAUUUGAUUGCGACUAUAAAUACCGUAGUACAAAGUAAUAAAGCAAUCCAUAUCAUUAUACUCUUAGGUGGCUUUAGCACCCG